AUGGCAUCGUUCCUGACCGACAAAGCAGUCCAAAAAGCAGACGUUAUUGCAAUCCAGGAACCCUGGGUGAGCUCCCACGCAACAGAACCAACGACUCAUUAUCCAAACAAGGCAACCCACCAACUUGUGUUUCCGAGGGGAUUUGAAGGGGAACGAGUGAGGGUAUGUCUCUUUAUCUCGAAGAAAAUCGAUCCAGGGACCUGGUCAUGCAAAACGGUGUCGAAAGGAUACCAGCUCCUAAAAAUGCGGAGGAACCACCUAGAGGGGUGGACCGACUUCUUCGUGCACAAUAUAUAUAACAACGACGACGGCGAGACUGUGGAAACGCUGGACAAAGAGAUCACCCAGAGAAGGCAUGCAGAGCAUAUAGUAGUGGGGGAUAUGAAUCUACACCACCCAGCCUGGGGGAGCUCAAAGGCGGACAUAGUGGCUGAGAGAUUGCUCGAUAUAGCUGGGAGGCAUAGCCUGGAUCUGACGACGGAGAGGGGGGUCCCGACAUGGCGACGCAACAAGCAGGCAUCUACAAUAGAUCUCACUUUCGUUAGCGGUGCGUUAACAGAGAGGGUGAUUGAGUGUCGGGUUGGGGAAGACCAUGGAUCAGAUCACUAUCCAGUAGUGACAACAAUCGACAUUAUAACACCGCCAUACGAACCACCGAGAAGAAGAAACUGGAAGGCGACAGAUGACAAGAAGCUUAUAGAAUUCGCCACCCAACACACCAACGCUAUCACCAGACACCCCACAACGGCCGACGAAGUGGAAACCGAGUGUCAAACAUUCAUAGAAAUCAUCACUAAAGCAGUUGACACCUCGACACCGUGGGCGGUCCCGUCACGGUGGGCCAACCCCUGCUUCACACCAGAGUGCCAGGAAGCUGUGAAGGAAGUACGAAGGCUUCGCCGGCAACACGAAAGGACGCUCGAUCCUUACGAUAAGGAACUGUACAAAGCAGCAAGGAACCGGAAAACACGAGUAAUCAAGGCCGCCCUCCGCCUUCACCACCGACGGAAGGUACAGGAAGUCAUGGAAGAGGGACCGGCCGGUAUGUGGAGGAUGGGUAAAUGGGCAAGAAGCCGGCAGGGAGCGUACGAUAAAGGAAUCACACCAUCAAUCAAAGUACCAGAAGGACUUGCAGAGACUGUUAAAGAAAAGGCAGCUGCUUUCCAAAAGGCCUUCUUUCCAACGCCACCACCGGCAGAUCUCUCCGACAUCGACAAUAACUAUCCAGAGCCAAUCCACUUCCCGGAAAUCACGCGCCAGGAGAUCUCACAGGCAGUCAAAUCGUCGCCACCAAACAAAGCACCAGGGGAAGACGGUCUACCAAACUCGCUAUGGCACAAAUUGAUCGAAAUCCCAGCGGUCCUCGAUACCAUCUCACGGAUAUACAACGCCUGCGUACGGCUUGGAACCAACCCUUCACACUUCCAAAAAUCGAUCACAGUGGUACUACGCAAAGCGGGCAAAAGGGAUUACCAGCUUGCAAAGUCCUACCGGCCAGUUGCCCUUCUAAAUACCCUCGGCAAAUUCCUCGAGGCAGUGAUUGCGCGAAGGAUCAGCUACGCAGUGGAGACAGAAGGACUACUGCCGGACACACACCUUGGUGGGAGAAAGGGUAUCUCAGUCGACCACGCCAUCCAGGGGAUCAUCGGCCGGAUACGAAGAGCGUGGGGACACAAUAAGGUGGCAAGUAUACUUAUGCUCGAUGUCUCUGGGGCGUACGACAAUGUCUCUCACAAGAGGUUAAUUCAUAACCUCCACAAACGACGCCUAGGGCUACUAGCACCAUGGGUUAAAGUAUUCCUCACAGGGAGAAGCACUAGUAUAAGAAUACCGGAAGGAAUAUCAACGAGUAUCCCAACACCAACCGGCAUCCCUCAGGGUUCACCCCUCUCCCCAAUCCUCUAUCUGAUCUACAAUGCAGACCUGGUAGAAGGCUGUGAAGGGGUGAAAACAAGCGCCUGGGUUGACGAUGUGGCAUUCAUCGUUACAGGGAGAGACGAACAAGAGAAUAUCUCGAAACUACAAAGAGCCUGCCAAUAUGCGGAUACCUGGGCAGCCAGACAUGCCUCAGUUUUUGACCCUAAGAAAUACGCACUGAUCCACUUUGUCAACCCAGAAGGUGGAGGUGAGGAAUAUACACCACUGGUACUACCGAGCACUACAGUGCAGGCCACAAAGACAGCAGAGAGAUAUCUAGGGGUCUGGCUAGACCCAGGGCUGAAUUUCCGGUACCACCGAGACCAAAUACUCGCCAAAGCAGGGACCAGUUUGCAGGCAUUGAGAGGCUUAACUGGUUCUACAUGGGGGGCAUCUCUCCCAGCCAUGCGCGCGAUCUACCAGGCAGUGAUGAUCCCACAGAUGCUAUUUGGAGCAGCGGCUUGGCAUUCACCUCUUACAACAACAGCAAGGGAAAUGAAUCCCUACAUCAGACAGUUUGCAACUAUCCAGUCAAAGGCAGCGUGCUUGAUAAGCGGGGCUUUUAAAACGACAGCGAGAGAGGCACUUGAUGUCGAACUUCAUUUACUACCUAUAAAACAGCAACUCGACCGGCUAGUCCAGUUGACUGCUAUACGUAUCCGUACAGGGCCGAGAUAUACAAUACCAAAGACAAUGCUCUGUGAGAGAAACCACAGUCAAAAACAAAAAGGAGGAUGGACGCCAAUGGAGGCCCAGUCCUGGAAGAAGGAAGGAUGCCUCACUACACCCCUGGGAACUUUGGCGAGCGACUGGGAGAAUAGGAAGGCAUAUAUCCAGACACCAUGGACAAGGCCACCAAGGGUGUUCAUCGAGGAAAGAGAGCAAGCAAGGAAGACACAUGAAAGGAUCACCAACCAGCAGAGUAUACAGCUCUACACCGAUGGUAGCGGGUAUCAAGGAGGUAUCGGGGCAGCAGUGUAUCCAGUAUACCCAACCACCCAAGACGAAUCAAAGUUAUGCAACAUGGGAACCGAUGAUAACGCCACUGUGUACGCAGCUGAGCUGCGGGCUAUUGAGAUAGCAUUGGAAACCAUCAAAGAGAGGUUCAGCGAUGGCCAAUGGCAGGAACGUCUGAUGGAGAAAGGGGCGGUUAUCUUCACAGAUAACCAGGCCGUUCUCAAAGCGAUCCGGAACCCAAGGAUGCCAUCAGGCCAGGUAUAUCUGGAAGGGUGCCUUCGCCUGCUUGAAUGGUGUUCUACACAGAAUAAGAUCCAGGUUGAAUUACGCUGGAUCCCAGCACACGAGGGCAUUCCGGGCAAUGAGAUCGCGGACAUGCUGGCAAAGACAGCAGCCACCACACAGGAACCAAACCACCACAACAGGUUUAUCCGGCUUGCCGCAGCAGCGAGCAAGAGUGUGAAGCAGGAAUCGACAAUCGCGUGGGAGAAGGCGUGGACGAAGGGAGGAAGGACUGCGCGGAGGACUCGGAGGAUGAUUGAGGUGCCGAACAAGUCAAAUCUGACCUACUGGAAGGGCCUAAGGAAAGCGACAACGUCAGUGCUGAUCCAGCUCCGCACAGGGAUCAUUGGAUUGGCCGAGUACCUAUCCAAAAUCAAGAGGAAAGACUCACCACGGUGCCAAUGUGACCUGGGAAACCAAAGUGUCCGACAUGUGUUGCUCGAGUGUCCGCUCCUGGAAGAACUCCGGACGGAUAUGAUGGAGGAAUUGUUCGGGGAAGGGGUGUCGACAACGCUGGGAGAACAGGCAAUGUUGACAGAGGUGAAGGCGGCACCGAUCGUGGCGAAGUUUAUGAUCGCAUCGGGACUCCUGGGACAGUUUCAGUCAGUGGACUCUGUCGCCAUGGGUAAGGAGAAGGGGGUAGGGGACGAGGAUCAUCCUGAUCCAAAAACAAAACCAAAACAAGACACUGUGAGUGCUGGAGAAACAGGACGCACAACCCAGUGGCCGGGCACCAGGUCUGCCGAGGUCACCUCACAGCAAAGGAACGCAUGGAGAACAACGUUUGUUGCCGGCGAGGACGAAGAUGCAUGGCGUCGCGACCCGAAUCUGUUCGUGUACGACCUGCCGGAGUGA